AUGCUCCUGCGGUCCGCGCCGCGCCGCCUCCACCUACUCCGCCCGCACCACCUACGCCUCCUCUCCGCCGCUGUGCUCGCCUCCGCCGCCCCGGCCCAGCUCCCAACCGAGUGGGCCGAGGCUCCGCUUGCCUGCGUCCGCCCGGCCACCGCCGACGCCUCUCUCUUCCACGUCUCGCUUGACCUCUCCGCGCACCGGAGGCUCCUCGCCUCCCACGCCGCCGCCGGCCAGUUCCUCCCCUUCCGUCUCCCCGCCGCGCCAUACCCCAUCUUCCUCGCCAUCGCAUCCCCUCCUCCCCCACCCCCCACGCCCGAGGCCCUGGCCGGGUCAGGGUCAGUCCCCUGCUUCGACUUCCUCGUCAAGCGCCUCCCGGGAACCCCCUCCGCGCGCCUCUGUGACCUCCGCCCCGGCGACCUCGUCCAUGUUGGCGCCAGCGUCGUCGGCAGCGGAUUUGACGUCGCCAGGAUAGCCGACGCCCGCGACGUUCUCGUCUUCGCCACCGGAUCCGGGAUCAGCCCUAUAAGGGCACUUAUUGAGUCAGGUUUUGCUGAAAACAAAAGAACUGGUGUAAGCCUCUUUUAUGGGGUUAGGAAUCUUCAGAGGAUGGCAUAUCAGGAGAGGUUCGAUGAUUGGGAAUCCAGAGGAGUUAAAAUUGUUCCUGUCCUCUCAAGACCAGAUGGUCAAUGGACAGGUGAGCGAGGUUAUGUCCAGAAUGUGUUCUCAAGGAUGAAGAAUAUUGUAAACCCUUCAUCAGUGGGAGCAAUUUUGUGUGGGCAUAAACAGAUGACUGAGGAAAUCACAAGAGUUCUUGUUGCCGAUGGUUUGUCAAAAGAUAGGAUCUUAACUAACUUCUGA